GCUCUCUCGUUUCAGGAGCAUUUCCAUGCCUGCACCCGGCGCUCCUUCAGACACCGUCAAAAAAAAUAAAUAAAAAUAACUCACUGUCAUCGUCAGUGGAAAACACCUUCGACUCUUGACGGGACUAAUUAUUUCAAAUAGCAAGAGCAGGAGAGAUUUUUAUUGGUGGAGGGAAAUCGGCAAAAGAGAGAGAGAGAGAUCUACCGCAGUAAAGACAGGGCCCAUUGGACACUGAGCACCCUUGGGCCAGUCUGUCUAGUAGACAUGUUUCAAACUGUCCCUGACACGUCGUCUUACGUUAAGGUAAGACACCACCGUCUGUUGGAUCAGGAGGCGCUAUCAGUGGUGAGUGAAGACCAGUCCUUAUUUGAGCCUCCAUACGCUGCUGCUGCCCCUCUCCCCAAAACAGACAUGACUGCAUCUGGCACACAGGACUACAGCCAGACCCACAAAAUCAACCCUUUACCCCCACAGCAGGAGUGGAUCAACCAGCCUGUGCGGGUUAACGUCAAGAGAGAAUAUGAGCACAUGAACGGAUCCAGCAGGGAGUCUCCCGUGGACUGCAGUGUGGGUAAAUGUAAUAAGCUGGUCGGGGCUAAUGACACAUCUCAAAUGACCUAUGGGAGCUAUAUGGAUGAGAAGAAUGCUCCUCCCCCCAACAUGACCACCAAUGAGCGGAGAGUCAUUGUACCUGCAGACCCAUCACUGUGGUCUCAGGACCAUGUGCGGCAGUGGCUGGAGUGGGCCAUCAAGGAGUAUGGACUGCUAGAAAUUGACACAUCAAUGUUUCAAAAUACAGACGGCAAAGAGCUCUGCAAGAUGAGCAAAGACGACUUCCUCAGACUUACCACCCUGUACAACGCAGAAGUGCUUCUCUCUCAUCUCAAUUACCUCAGGGAAAGUAGCUCAUCAUUAUCCUACAAUACGCCAUCUCAUACCGACGCAUCACCACGUUUGGCUGCCAAAGAAGAUCCAUCAUAUGAUGCUGUACGGCGGACAGGGUGGUCUAACAACAUGCACAGUGGCAAAGGCUCACCUGUAGUUCCUCAGAAUGUGACCAAGUCCACUGAGCAGGCCAGACCUCAGCCAGAUCCUUAUCAGAUUCUGGGCCCCACCAGUAGUCGUCUCGCCAAUCCAGGCUCAGGUCAAAUUCAACUUUGGCAGUUCCUCUUGGAGCUCUUGUCCGACAGUGCCAAUGCAGGGUGCAUCACUUGGGAAGGGACCAAUGGAGAGUUUAAGAUGACAGAUCCAGAUGAAGUGGCGCGACGAUGGGGUGAGCGUAAGAGCAAGCCCAACAUGAACUAUGACAAGCUGAGCCGUGCGCUGCGCUACUACUAUGACAAAAAUAUUAUGACGAAAGUGCAUGGCAAACGCUAUGCCUACAAGUUCGACUUUCAUGGUAUUGCUCAGGCACUGCAGCCACACCCCACCGAGUCAUCAAUGUAUAAAUACCCCUCGGACCUAGCCUAUGUGCCUUCUUACCACACCCACCAGCAGAAGGUCAACUUUGUAUCCCCGCACCCUCCAUCUAUGCCAGUCACCUCCUCCAAUUUUUUUGGACCCACUGCUCAGUACUGGAGUUCGCCCACUGCAGGCAUCUACCCAAACCCAAACGUUCCUCGCCAUCCUAACACCCAUGUGCCAUCCCAUCUUGGCAGUUACUAUUGAAGCAACUCUCACCGAUCAAUGACCAACUUUUUAAACCUACCUUCUCCCCUUACUAAAAUUGCUGAGCUGCACUCCUUGUAAUGCCAAAGACUGAACUGAUGGAAACAAACAUCCAAAGAAAUGCUGUUCCUCAAAGAAGAAUGAGUAAAUUGAAUAUUUUUUUUUUGUGUGUGUGUAAGAAUUUAUAAAAACUGGAUACCUUGGUCUACAAUGGAAUACUACUUAUUACAACUGUUUAUAGAUGCACAUCUAAGUUUCCUGUGCCUGUCUUUUCCAUUGUCUUGAAAGUUUAAUCUAAAAGCCAAUACUUGUCCCAAAGCCAAAGGAAAGGUGUUGAGCCUGAGUGUGUCAACCUUUUCUCCAUGCUACCUUACCAGACAUGGGCCUACCACUUAUGGGUCUCAAUUUAUGUCCUUUUCAGUUCACCUUGCUUAAAAAAAUCAGCUGUAGCCGCUUAUUGACUACCUUUUGGGGUUUUUCCACUGUUUUUCUUAGCUUUUCUGUUCAUCUUCUUGUUUAAUGUUACUUGUGUGUGCGUGUGGAGGGGGGAAGGAAGAGUGUUGUGUGUGUGUGGGUGUGUGGGCGUGUGUGUGUGUGUGUAUGUGUGCCUCCAAUAGACACGUAAGAGAUCUUGCAAGAGGAACUUUUCUCAGCACUGAAUAAAAAUUGGCGACUGGAAUACACAGUUUACCAUGCCGCCAUUUAAUUUAUCCUCCAAAACUGGAAGGCUGGAGAAGAGUUAGGUGCCAUAGAAUGAAGCGCUGUAUGUUUCUGCUGAACCUGGGUCAACUCAGUUGCUUAAAGAAUGUUUUCAAUGUAUUUUACAUGAAGUCGAGAGAGAUGAUAGGUAAUAAGCACAGCAGAGUUAAGUCAAUUGUGCUGCAGAAGCAAAGUCUAGAUUUAAUUGCAGUAAUUUGCAGCAAUUCCCGUCCUGUGUGUCUCUCUCGUGUUUUUUUCUUUUGUUAUUUUUUUUUUUUAUUGUUGUUUUUUUUGGUAGGCCACACACUAAGCUAAGUGCUUGACUCAUCGCUUCCUUUCAGCCAUAGUAUUUUUUUAAAAAAAUAUGUUGCUCAACCAUAUCAGUAUUAAUGUGAACAUUUUCUGGCUUGUGAAAUACUCUUAAAAGAAAAAAGCCUUUCCUAAAUCAAAAUAUGUCAGAUGUGGUUAUUUAAGAAUAAUAAUAAUGCAUGUCCAUGUAUUGUCAUGAAUUUAAAACAUGAAAGUGAUUUUAGAGUAUGUGGGGGGAGGGGUUAGGGUUAUGUUGGCCUUGCUGUUUUUGAGGAUGUUGUUUAACUAUCCAAAAACCCUUGAGUCUUUAUCUACUUUCAAAAUGUGCUGAGAAUCAAAGCUCUAACCCUUGCAGAGUUAGGGUGAUGCUCCAACUGCUGAUCUAUAGCUUAUCGUUCUUAUCAAUUACCAGUAAACAACUAAAGUCCUGAAGAAGGUAUAACUGUUUUGACUCUUUUUUUAUUAUUAUUAUUUUAAAAAAUAUUUUCUGACAAUAAAAGCUGCCAAGGUUUAUCUUCUCUCUUUUUUAGGUCAGUUGUACCUAUUUCUUCAGUGUGGAGAAGUGAUGGUCCCCGUGAUUCUGAUUAACAAACACCCAUGUUGCAGCAUUUCUUUUUUUUUUUCUCCAGGGCUGGAUCCUAUCAUGAGAGCAGCAUGUUUGAUGAAAAGUUUUUCGCUGAUCUUCCAGCCCAGCAAAAUGCAAACAAAUCUCAAGUCAGAAUUUUUUCAUUAUCAUGUGAAGAAAUGUCAAAAUUACAACUAUAAUCAGCUUUUCAACUGUCAAUUUCAGAACUUAUUCAAAGGACGUCACUGAAAAUAGACACUUGAAAAUAAGUCAUUUAUCAAAGAACAAAAACCAAUGAAGUAUGACAAGAUGAAACAAAGAAAUCCUCAGAUUCGCAAACGCUGUGCGUUUGUCAGACCUAUUUUUUAUUAUUUUAUAAGCAUCAGUCAACUAGGCAUUAAAGCAACUUACUGUAUAAAUUAUGCAGAGUUAUUUUCAUAUGUGACACAGUAUAAAACGCCAAGAGAGUUAAUACGAGUUGACCUCGGUCAAAAAUGCAAACGUUUUGAGUCCAUUUCUGCUAGUAGUAUGUUGAGCAUGUUAAGUAUUUUUAUAUCUGUACAUUUGGGCAAUGCAGUUUAGCAUUUUUGUUUUCAUACAGGUGUUGUUUUCUAAAAUCUAGUUGUAACAUCUUAAGUGCCUGUAAGUUUAAAAAAUAUAUCUGUAUAUUAUUUGUUUGUAAUCCUAAAACCACAAAUGCCUGCUUAGCUCAUAAUCUAAUAGAGAUGAUUCCUAUACUUUGUAUGCAGUUCAUAAUGGUGAUGGAGAGAUUCCAGUGCCACUCCAUUUUUAUACCUAAAGUUCAUGACUAGCCCUGUGCUUUUAAGGUUUUCAGGUGUUUGAUACUCAGUAAUACAGCAUUAAUAUUUACAUCCAGCUUUCUUUGCAGAUGUAUAGCUUUAAGUGAACAAAUCCAAAGGGAACAUGUCAUUUGUAGCAUAAAGAAAUUAUGGUAAUGUACCCUUAACAUUCCUGUUUUAUAAGCAGUAUCAGUGAAGAGGAAUCUGUGCUACUUCUUCAUAUAUGCAAGGUAUUUUGGAUGUUCAAUCCAUUAUAUGUAUUGUGUGUAUAACUUUACAAUUAAGCAGUGUAUUAUUUUUUAAUAUUAAUUAAUUGUAAUUCCUGCAGUGUAUGAAGUAAAACCUUUUGAAAAAGGGCUUUUGUAUAGAAAAUGUGACAAAAUAAAUGUUUUUACCUCUCUA